GGGGAGGGAAGCAUUGUCAUAGGGUAGUGAGCAGGUGGCGUGUGAAAGGUAUAAAGGGUGGGUCUGUGCGAGUGUCUGCAUCUGUCUGUCUGCUCAAAGGGCGACAUCGAGGUGUGCAGUGUGUUGUGACAUACCUGCUGGGGUCGCAUCCCUGUUUGUCUCUUUUGCUCGCUUUUUAUUUGAAAAAUUCAAAAAAAAAUCAUAAAAAUUUGUUGAAAAAUCACCCAAAACUUCUGUCUAUCCGUCAGAAAAUCCACCCCCCAAAAAAAACUACAAAACUUUCAAAAAGUCGUUACAAAAAAAGGUGAACGAAGGAUUUCGAACUGCUACGCUGAUCGGUUGCCACUUUUUUCUACGCAAGAUUUGAUAACGGUAUAAAUUGGUCGCCAGUAGCAAAUUUAGUGAAUAGAACAAAAGAAAAUUAGAAAUGGCAACAGUAGCAACAGCUGGUGCUGGUAUGACUCCAUCAUAUCCAAUGGCUUCACUUUAUGUUGGAGAUUUGCAUCCGGAUGUAACUGAAGCAAUGCUUUUUGAAAAGUUCAGCAGUGCCGGUCCAGUACUCUCCAUUCGUGUAUGCCGUGAUGCAAUCACGAGACGCUCGCUGGGUUAUGCUUAUGUCAACUUUCAACAGCCGGCCGAUGCGGAGAGGGCUUUGGAUACGAUGAACUUUGAUAUGAUGUAUGGCAAACCUAUUCGUAUCAUGUGGUCACAGCGUGAUCCAUCAAUGCGUCGUUCGGGUGCUGGCAAUAUUUUUAUCAAAAACCUAGACAAAAGUAUCGACAAUAAGGCCAUUUACGAUACAUUCUCGAUGUUUGGGAAUAUCCUGAGUUGCAAGGUUGCUAAUGAUGAGGAGUCGAAUAGCAAAGGAUACGGUUUUGUCCAUUUCGAAACUGAGGAAAGCGCUCAGAAGGCAAUUGAAAAAGUGAAUGGAAUGCUUCUGGAAGGAAAAAAAGUGUAUGUGGGCAAAUUCCAACCACGUACGGCACGUCUGCGUGAAAUGGGCGAAACGGCUCGUCGUUUUACCAAUGUUUACAUAAAGAAUUUUGCUGAUGAACUAGAUAAAGAAGCGCUGGAAAAACUAUUUUCCAAAUUUGGAAAGAUAACAAGCGCAGCUGUUAUGGUAGAUGCCGAUGGCAAGUCAAAGGGUUUUGGUUUCGUUGCAUUCGAAAAUCCGGAAGAUGCCGAAAAGGCUGUAACAGAGAUGCACGAAUAUGAGCUUCCGGGAACAGAACGUAAACUCUAUGUUUGCCGUGCACAAAAGAAGAAUGAACGCUCUGCGGAGCUGAAACGCCGCUACGAACAGCAAAAGGUUGAACGUAUGCAGCGUUAUCAAGGAGUCAAUUUGUAUGUGAAAAAUUUGGAUGACACGGUGAACGACGAUAUUUUAAAACAGAAUUUCGAAGCCUAUGGAAAGAUCACCUCAGCCAAGGUUAUGUGCGACGAUAAUGGGCGUUCUAAGGGAUUCGGUUUUGUUUGCUUUGAAAAACCGGAUGAAGCGACAAAGGCGGUUACUGAAAUGAAUGGCAAGAUGAUGUGUACGAAGCCUUUGUACGUUGCUUUGGCACAGCGCAAGGAAGAUCGUAAAGCACAAUUAGCAUCACAAUAUAUGCAACGUCUUGCAUCUAUUCGUAUGCAUAAUGCUGGUAGCAUGCCUGGGACCGUUUACACACCAGGCACUGGUGGGUUUUUCGUUUCAUCGACGUUGCAGAAUCAACGAGCUUUUAUGCCAACUGCAACUAUUCCUGGUGCUCAAAUGCGCGGAACAACACCAAGAUGGAAUACGAUUGGCGCAGCGGCUGGAUUUGGUGUACAAUCGCCAUAUAUGGUCCAGAGUGGUGCAUAUGGGCAGGGUGGCAGAGGCGGUACUCGUCCAACAGCUUCCUCUGCUGCAGUGGCUAUGCGAGCUCAGCAGGGUCAGUAUGGACCAGCGCAGGCUGGUGUUACGCGUGGAGGUCCGCAGGCGCAACGUAUGGCUGCAGGUGGUGCUAUGGUUCAAAAUCAAGGUACACGCUCGCAACAGAUGGGAGGACGACAAGCACAACCGGGAAAACCUAGCCAAGGACAAAUGAUGUAUUCAUCGUACAGUGCCAUUACUGGACGUCCAGGUCAGGUACAAUCGCAGCAGAACAGCAUUGUCAUUCAGGGUCAAGAACCGUUGACCGCUCACAUGCUUGCACAGGCUCUUCCACAGGAGCAAAAGCAAAUGCUUGGUGAGCGUAUUUAUCCGCUCAUUGAGCGCAUCUAUCAGGGUCCUGAUGUUGGUAAAAUAACCGGAAUGAUGCUUGAAAUGGACAACUCAGAGUUGCUGAUGAUGCUCGAGAACGAGGAACUGUUACAAUCGAAAGUUUCAGAGGCAGCAUCGGUGUUGGCAUCUUCGAAGGGUCAAAAUCCUUGAAGAAAGAAAUCGUCGAUUUAUUCUUUUUUCUUAACUUUUCAACUUCAACUUUUUUUAAAAAUUGCUUAGUAUCUCUUACACCACACCCUGCCCCACUCAGGUUUAUUGUCUUUUUCCUCAGUAAAACCCACGUUUUAUGCUCACUACUACUCUAUCUUUAUUGCGGCAUCUCUUAUUUGUAGCGGUUAGAAUUGAUAAGACCACUGUAGUUACCACUAGGUUUCGUAUUUUUUAAGCAAUUGCAAGUUGGCCACUUCUUUAAUGGGCCAUGUUCGAUUGUUUUUUUUUCCGGACUUUUGAGAUUUGUCGGAAAAUUUAAAAAACGUCGUAAUUUUAACGGGAUAUUUACCCUGACAAUUUUGGUUUUUUUCCUAUUUUUUCUUUUUUAUUGAUUCUCUUAAAAAAUAUGGACAAAUCCAAUGAACAAUUUGCUUCUUAUGGAUCACUUCCGAAUAGGAGUCAUAAGGUGCAUUAUUUGUGGUUUUGUAGUCUUUGGCAUCACUUUCUUUUGCUUUCCAUUUUACCAGUCAUCAUCUUUCCUUAAAAUCAUGGUGACUUUUAGCUAAAAUGACGAAAAACAGCUGAAAAUCGUCACUGUUAAAACUGUUCUCGAUAGCUGUUUGUAUCCAAUUUUUGCUUUGAAUUUUCAACUUUAUUUUUUCGUGGACUGCUUCAUUACCAAUCGUUUUUAUGAACCAUCUGAAUAUAUCUUUGGUGUGAAUUGAAGCUGAAUUGUUUCGUUUAGUAUGGCUUUCCAAAAACCAAAUUUUUUAUGUCACUUGGUGAAUGAAUGUUUCCUCACUGAAUAUCUAACGGAAACAACGUUGUUCGUAAUUAAAAAUUCGGCUUUUUUUAAAAUUAUUUACCGGUUUGUGGGGCGUCUAUUAAUCAGUAUUGUCAGCAUGUUCUUUUUUGGUCGGUUGAAUAAACCUUGUUGUUGGA